AUAAAACGCCCCGUUUGUUCUUCUUUACUUGGGCUUCGGCCUUCCUGUGAAGUGUGAAUGUGGUGACGGGAAUACUGGAUCAAGUGAAGUGAAUCCCUUCCUUCUAAAACCCUAGCCUCCGCCCCUCCCGUUCAGCAAGAGAGACGACGCUGUCUGUACAGGCAAAGCAGAGCUCUACCCAGGCCAAAUAUGUCCUCCGCCGCCGCGUCAAGGCGUUUGGUUUACGGUCUCCACCACCUCCUCUCGCUUUCCUCCAGAUCAUCCUCUGCCGCAGUAGUCGCCCAUCCGCCAUCUCCAUUUCAUCAAUUUCUGAGGGGCUUCACUGCCAGUUCCGAUGUACUGCUCCAGCAGCCGCAGGAAAUUAUUUUGCCCACACGAGUCAUCGAAUCCAAGCCCGGCGUCAUGUCCCCGUCGUCCAAGCGAACGGGACUCAUCGCUGUCAAGUGCGGGAUGACUGGUCUUUGGGACAAAUGGGGUGCCAGGGUUCCCAUCACCGUUCUCUGGGUUGACGACAACAUCGUCUCUCAGGUCAAGACUAUUGAGAAAGAAGGGAUUUUCGCCUUGCAGAUCGGUUGCGGCCAGAAGAAGGCAAAGCAUUUAACGAAGCCUGAAGUGGGUCAUUUCAGAGCGCAAGGUGUUCCUCUGAAAAGGAAAUUGAGGGAAUUCCCAGUUACUGAAGAUGCGCUGCUGCCGCUCGGCACUUCUCUUGGCGUUCGUCAUUUCGUUCCUGGUCAAUAUGUUGAUGUCACUGGAAUCACCAUGGGAAAGGGUUUCCAGGGUGGAAUGAAAAGGCAUGGGUUUAAAGGAGGGCCAGCGAGUCAUGGUGCAUCGUUAUCGCACAGAAGUAUUGGUUCUACUGGUCAGAGGGAUGCUCCUGGUAAGGUUUUUAAAGGGAAAAAAAUGCCUGGGCGUAUGGGUGGCAAGCAAAGAACGGUGAAGAACGUAUGGAUAUACAAGAUCGACCCAGUUAGGAACUUGAUCUGGGUGAAAGGCCAAGUACCGGGAGCAGAAGGUAAUUUCGUGUUUAUUAAAGACGCGGUGUACAGGAAGCACGAGAUUUCAAUGCUUCCUUUCCCAACGUAUUUUCCCGGAGAAGGCGAGGAGGAUAGGUUGGAACCCUUGGUUGCCGAUCUUGGAGAAGUAGAUCCAUUCAUGCUAGGAGAUUAGCAACUUCUGUGAGAAAGCCCUAUAGGAAACCUUGGCCGAUCAGGAAUUCGGACCACUUGUGCUUACUCUGGAUAAGUUUUGCUGUUGAGUUGAAAAACAAUACUGCGUUGCGUUGCUCUAGGUUCCCCUACGAUGGGAAAUAGUGAGUGGGAGGUGUAGGUACAUAAUUAGUCCGUCUGUCCGGCCUUGUUUCGGUUUUUGAACAAGAAUAACAUUUUGGUUCCAAAUGAGUUGGCAUUUAGCUGGUCUAUCAUUCACUUCUUUAUUUCGAAGGCUACACUCCUCUUAAGUCUUAGCCUUUAUGUUCCAUAGAAUGUUGAGAAAGUGGUGAGGUAGUUUUUGGAAAUUGGUUUCCCCUUGAUCUUGAAACUCUUGUGAGAUGCAAUGAGGUUUGCUUAUGCAGGUAACUGGGUUGUAUAUGAUUUGAUCAAAUUGAUGUUUGAUUAGGUUCAACUCCUUGCUAAUCCUUGUUGAUUCUCAUUUCGAUUUUGAUAACAUUGUUUGUUAUUAGAGAAUUUUCAAGCACUAAGACGACCAAUAAGUUUUUCAAACAUCAGGCACCACUAAAGUAACAUAUGAAACUGAAAACAACGUAACCGAAAACGGAUUUAACAAAAUCAAUAUCAAUAC